GUUUGGAUGUUGGGGGGAAGACGAGGGACGUGACGGCUUCUGGUUUGCGGUAGAAGCUGAUUUUUCCUCUCAAAUACCAAUUUAGUGGAAGAGAAUUAAAGAGUUUCUCACCACGAGCCCCAAUCGAAGCAGCCAGUAACCGCAGGGAAUUUUGAUUUUGUGUCCCAAACACUAGCGGCCAGGAUUUCUGGGUCCCGACGCCAAGUACAGUUAUUGGAAGAUAAAGAAUCAUGGAAGUGCUGCGGCCAGUACUGAUAAGAAUUGAUGGGCGUGUUUAUAGGAAAAAUUUUAUUCAAGAGCAAGCUCACCAACAGGAAGAAGAGGAAGAUUUUAAUACAGGUCUUGGAGAUGGCUCAGACGAACCCUGUGACGCAUUUGCAGUAGAAGAGACAGAAAGAGGAUACCAAUGUGCUAUGGACGUUCCUAGUCCACUAUAUAAGUAUAUAAUAGGAAAGAAAGGAGAAACCAGGAAAAAACUGGAGACAGAAACACGAACCUCCAUCAGCAUUCCCAAGCCAGGGGUAGAAGGAGAAAUCGUGAUCACAGGACAACAUCGGAGUGGUGUUAUUUCAGCACGGACACGAAUCGAUGUUCUCAUUGAAAGCUUUCGUAAAAAACAGCCCUUCACACAUUUUCUAUCAUUUGCACUCAACCAGCCUGCAAUCCAAGCAAAGUUUUUACAAUUCAAAGAGGAAGUGUUGGAGAAAUGUUCCCAUGACUGUGGAGUCAGUGGUAGCCUCUUCCAGAACCCAGCAAAACUCCAUCUGACUAUUGGGACUCUGGUACUUCUGAAUGAACAAGAAAUCCAGAAAGCUCAGGAACUCCUGCAGAAGUGUAGAGAGGACCUUGUUGACACAAUUACUGAACGCAAACCGCUAACUGUGGAAAUAAGAGGUAUAGAGUACAUGAACGAUGACCCAGCCAUGGUUGAUGUUCUGUAUGCAAAAGUCCGCAUGAAAGAUGGCUCCAGAAGGCUUCAGCUCCUAGCAGAUAGACUGGUGGAUCAGUUUGUGACCUCUGGGCUGAUGAGAAAAGAAUGGGAUCGAGUAAAGCUCCAUGCCACUGUUAUGAACACGGUCUUUCGGAAUGAUCCUAGCGGGGAAGAACUGAAUAACCGAGCCACGGGCAAACAGUUCAAGGAAAGGGAAUCAUUUGAUGGCCGAACAAUUUUGAAGCUCUUUGAGAACUUCGAAUUUGGAGAAGUGCAGUUGAAUUCCGUCUACCUCUCACAGCGAUUCUCCACUGACCACUCGGGCUACUAUGCCUCGUCCGGGCAGCUCAAUUUCUCCUGAAUUGCAGGCUCAUCUUUCCCGAUAGAUUGCACCUAAUGAGAUCCGGGAGUCUCUAAUAUAGAAGGCAGUAAUGAUUUAAACCUGCCCUGCUAUUAGAUCAGGGUCGCUCCGUCCUCCGGAAUCAACCUUAGAAGUUUGCCAAUAUCUGGGCAAAACCCCCUGACCUAAAUUGAAUGAAAGAAAAUAGCUAUGCAAUCAAAUAAGUUACUUCGGUUGGCAAGUGGUUUAUUGGGAAAAACAAAAGCUGGAAAUAAAAGACAUAAUAGUACCUGCGUUUAGAAAGCUAUAAAUGUACAGAAAUUGCCCAUUAAUUAUUUUUAAUGGCUAACUUUUCAAAUUAAAGAGGGGGAAAUCACGUCUUUUUGUGGUACUUCAGAUUGCCCUGAAACCCACGUCUUUUGUAGCUUUCCAAACAAAAACCACUCCCUUUGGUAACCUUGCGAUAGUUUUUCCUUUAACUGCGAGAACAGCAGUAUAUUUGCAUUUUUGUGGGGUUGUUGUUGUUUCGUUAUUACGGCUAAAUGCUGAAUCCGUCAAGGAUUCGUAGUGGUUUAACAACUAAUAAUUAAAACAUGCACAUUACAAAUACAAUUAAAGCAUCCAUGGUAAAUAAACUAAUUAAGAGAAUUAAAUCAAAACAUAAUUACAAUCAUUGUCAGAACAUUAGCAGCCGGUCCAAAAACAACCAUAAUAGUAAAAAAACAAUGGUGAAAGAAUCAUCACCAAAGGCCCUUCGGAAAAGUGUUUGUUGACAUCUUCUGGAAAAGCAUUAACGAAGAUACCAAUUUAAUUUGUAAGGGGAGCCUCUUCCACAGAAGUGGAAAUGAGAUAGCGCCUCCUAGUUUCAUCUCCUCUCAUUGGAAGUGAGGAAUCCGUAGCCUUUCCUGGAAUGAUCAUCAAGGUUGGAAUGAUUCAAUUAGGAGAUUGAUAACCUGUGUGCAUUUAGGUGCUGAGCCAUUUACAGUUUUAUAAGUCGAAACCUAUAGCGGAAUUUAAUCUGCCAGGAGAGAGGGAGAGCAUUUCAGAGCAGCAAAAAACAAAAACAAACCCACCCACCCCAAAAAAACCCAGCAAAGUUUAUGAUUUGUGUGGGAGAAAGAGGAUAAAGACAGCUCCUCCUUAGGAGUUCUCGGACAAUAUGUUUCAUGGUGCAACAGGUACUGUGUGUCUAAAAUUAAGAUGGCCUGUAGUAAAAGAAUCUUGCAAGUCUGAAUGUGCUUCACUCUCUCUUAUCUUUCAUGUAAAUUUGGAGGGGGGGGAGCCUGAGGUGUUUGCAUACCCCUCCUAUGGGCCUCUGCAAUUUUUAUCUGCUUUUAUUUAUUUUAUUUAUUUAUUUUGUCACAACAAUAUAUGUAGGAAUCAUACAAAAGAUUAUAUAGUAUAUAAACAUAUAUGGGUAAAUAUAAGGAGGUAUAAGCAUAUAUAUAGAAAGAAGAAAAGAAAAACAAUAGGACAGGAACGGUAGGCACGUUUGUGCGCUUAUGCACGCCCCUUAUGGUCCUCUUAGGAAUGGGGUGAGGUCAAUAGUAGAAAUAUAGUAGAAAGUUUUUGGAUAAAGCUUUUAGGAUUAUGGGAAGAGACCACAGAGUCAGGUAAAGUGUUCCAAGCACUGGUGAUUCUGUUACAGAAGUCAUAUUUUCUGCAAUCUAGAUUAAAGCGGUUGACAUUAAGUUUAAAUCUAUUGUUUGCUCUAGUAUUAUUGCAAUUAAAGCUGAAGUAGUCUUUAACCGGAAGGAAGGCUUGUGCCUUGAUACAGCAUCCCCUUUCUCCAUCAAGGUCCUCACAUUUAUUCUCUACAUGAUCUGACCCCAGUAAUUGCCUUCCAUCCGUCAGCUACUUUGAGAGAACCAUGAGAGAAAAGAGGAGGAUGUCAACCUGUUUUCCAAAGCACCAGAAGGCAAGACAAGGGAUGGAAACUAAUCAAGGAGAGAAGCAGCCUAGAACUAAGAAAUUCCCUAACUGUGAACAAUUAACCAGUGGAAAGGCUUGCCUUCAGAAGUUGUGGGUGCUCCACCAUGAGGCUUUUAAGAAAGGACUAGACAGUCACUUGUCUGGAAUGGUAUAGGGCAGGGAUGGCUAACCUUUUUGCCGUUGCGUGCCAAAAGCAAGGGGAGCGCGAGAGGGGGUCACAUGUACGUGUGCCCACACCCAUAAUUCAAUGCGCCCUGCCGCCCCCACACAUGUGCAUGCAACCCCCCCGCACUCCCCCUGCUUUUGGCACAUGAUGGCAAGGCCGUUUUUCGCCCUCCCCAGGCUCCAGAGGCUUUCUAGGACAGGGGUC